UAUUGUGCCUGUUGCGGGAAGUAACAGGUAGCCAAGAUGCGGUCACACCGCAUUGUUAGAACGCGGAAAACAUUCAACUUUUUCGAAAGCAACGCCUAAUUAACCCAAUUAAAUAGUGCGUAAAAAGUACAGAGCAAGCUUUGUUGCAUUGGCAUUGAAUGUCCGAAAGAGAAUUGAAGCAUUUUGCAAUAUGAAAUGGAUCUGCAAGAAUUCCUUUCCCUGGAACGCCAACAACUGCAGAAGGAUCGCCAGCGCCUGGGCACCCAAAAUACCUGCCCCGCCGCCCAGCUAAUGAAGUCAAACGACUUUAAAGUGCAAUGUCGCAGGGCCAAGGAGUUUAAGGAGUCCACGGAGUCCAAUGAACUCGCCACACAAUCGUCUUCCUUGGCAACCGGCGGCCAAAACGAAGAACUUCACUUGGACUUGCACGAGGAGGAGGAGCAGCAGCAGGAGGAGGAGCAGGAGGAGCAGGUUGUGCUGCCCUCCCACCCCUCGAAGUCCACCAAGGAGCUCGCGAAUCAGCGCCAGCUGCUCGUCGGCAGCGCUCGUCCGUAUAAGUCGCCAGAUGCGUCGAUGCGACGCAAUUUGGAGAACGAGCGGCCGCUCAGUGAGAACCGCUUCCCAAUUCAUCGUUCGGAUGAUAUGGAGCAAUGGGUUACGGACACAUUUUAUUCGUACUUCCCCGGCUUUAACAAUGAAAAUCAGAAGCGGCAAAAUUAUUUGCGUGAGCGACAGCGCGAGAACCAGCAGAACUUUCUCAAGCACCAGAUGCUCCAUCCGCCGGCUAGCAAGCAUCACAAAACGGAACAAGUGAGGACAACACAACCAACUGCGGUUCCAGCACCAAUCCGCUCAAGCCAAUCCAGCACAAGCACCUCGAACCACAGCACAACGGAUAAGACUGACCUAGAGUUAAUUGUAAAUAGUAAUCCCAACUAUGUGCCGCCCAAAAUUCGGCCAGGCACAACACGUCAUAAACUCCUCCAGGAUUUGGGACAUGUAGAGCUGUCGAACAUUGUAACAGGAGAUGGUAUUAUGGAGCGCAACCUGCGAAGUGCCGAGCUGGAAACAGCUCGGAAGAAGGACUACCAGCGGGAUCUGAUGCAGCAAAUCGAUGAGAAACGUCGCUCCAUAGAAUUGCUAAGAGAAAAAGAGCGUCGACAGGAGGAGGCUUUGACCAGGCGACUGGAGGCACAAUUGAAGACAAUACAGUUGGAGGAGCAGUUGGAAAAAGAGCGCGUGAGAGCUGAAAAGGCUCGCAUUGACUCGGAACAGAACCGCUUGAUGCGCGAGCAAUUGUUGGCCAAGCUGGAACAGGAUGCCCAGUUGCUGAACGCCAAGCAGACCAACAAUCUAGCCGAGACGCCCAGGACGUCGCGCAUCAAAGGCAAAACCAACAACACCACCAAUAUAAGCACGGAUAGCAACACCAAUCGGGUGUACAAAUAUUUCAGUAACUCUGCACAUCACGAGUACAGACGCGGUCAGCCUUUACCGCCGGCCGUUGAGUUGGACUUUGAGGUGCCUCAAAUGGCCAAAAUCGAGCGCGAGUGCUUCCAUCUGUGCGACAAGAUAUGUCCGCUUUGCGAUGAACCGCUGAAGAGCUACGAGAGCUGCUGUCUGCGAUGCCAGCGGAAACUGGCCCUCAAACUAAAACAAAAGGACACCAAGCAGAUUGGAGACAAUGGGGAAAAACCGAGCGAAGACUCAGAGGAGGGUAAGGACGAACAGGAUCGGGGUGAUUUUCGGGAGGAAGAUCCCGACCAUAACUGCCAGAGCAGCUACGCUCUGGUGUGUCACAAGUGCGAGCGACUGUACGCCAUGUGCCCCCAGUGCCUGACCAAAAGCGAUGUCUGCCGGGCAUGCCAGCGGGAACGGAAUGUCUGCAUGAAUUGUCGUCGAAAUCUCUGCUCGUUUUGCCUGGAGGAAGUUGCCUGCGGCAGGGACACAGAGCGCACGCAUGUUAAUGACAAGGAAACCUUUGGAGAUCCGUCCUCAAACAAUUCAUUUCAAGUCCUAGAACUAAACUAUGCUGUGCCACCAGGCAAGGACUCUACGUCGAGUAAUCUGGCCGAUGUGUCGCCACCAUAUUCCGUUAACAUAGCGCGGAACUCGGUUUUCCAUGCCGACUACAAGGCAACGCCGGUGAAGCCGUCUAUCCUCGAACAACUGCCAGCGACUUCGGGUAGUGCCAACACCAGUUUCGAGCUGGACAGCGCCGAUGAGCAGACAGUGGAGCGGGUGCGACGUCAGACGGAUCAGCGCUUGUCGCGCUAUCUUAAGAACUACGGCGAUCUGGCCACCAAGCAAAAUCAAAAGUUAAAGCAGUCUGAGCUGCAUCGCAGCAAGAGCGAGUCCCGCCAUCGGGGCACUCAAACGACACCGCAGUCAUUGGCCAGGAGAGAUGUUGUUCUUAGGGAGGCUGCCGGUCCCAAUCUAUCGAUGCCGCUGCUGCGCGAGAUGCCCAAAAUGACGCGACAGGAGACAGGUGCACCCUUGGCUGAGAACGGACAGCGUAAGAUUGAAAAUCUAAAAAAGCGCUGGGAAGUUCCUGCAGUGCAAAAGUUCUCCGUUUCAACAUCAUCGCCUAAAAUCCUAACUCAAGUGGGAGCCAUAAGAAAACAGUUGCAGGCAGCGCGAUUCUUUGACGAUGAACUUGAUCCGGAUGAUUAUUAAUGAGGUGUCAACCACUCGUUUUUAGAAUAACGAAAAUGAUUGGAUUGACAGCUCUUUUAAACCGAGCAAAACGAAUUUAAUUAUUUUUGAUGUCUUCACAUUUGCCAUUAUUAUUUAACACUUAUUUCAUUUUGUAAACAACUCGUGUAGUUAAAACUUUAUAGCGAGCUGGUUCCAAGUGCUUCGGCUGUUUCAUUCAGCGCCUCUAAUACAUAAGCCAUAAAGUUUGUUAACGUUUAUUGUUCUUAUUUUAACAGAAAUCUAUUAACUGAAAAGGUUUGAACAAGAUAAAGUCAAUAAUUAAAGAGGAACUUACCAGAA